ACGUCAUGUUAUUAAUUGUGAUGCUUAUCUCUGUCGCUUUCCUUCGUGAAUUGAGCGUAAAGCAGUGCGGAAUCGAUCUGGAAUGAAUAACUAUUAUGGGCAGCAAGAUCUUGCCAUGCUUCGUGUCCGGAACUAUCAUCAAGGGUUUCGGCAGAGGCUCGAAGGCACUCGACACUCCGACAGCUAAUCUCCCAGAAUCCGUAGUCGAUGCUUUACCGAAGGAUCUGAAUACUGGAAUUUAUUAUGGCUGGGCAUCUUUACAAGGAAAAACUUAUAAAAUGGUUGCGAGCAUAGGAUGGAAUCCAUAUUACAAAAAUGAAAAAAAGUCACUGGAAGUUCACUUAUUACACAAAUUCCAAGGUGAUUUCUACGGUGAGGAGCUCAAGGUUAUAAUUGGCGGGUAUAUAAGACCAGAAAAAGAUUUCUCUUCUGUAGAGGAACUCAUCAUAGAGAUAAAGAAUGACAUUGCAAUCGCGGAACGUCAAUUGGAAGAACCUGUUGUAAAUAAGCUGAAAAAUGAUGAUUUUUUUAAUGAUUAAUA